UGGAUUCAAAUUCACAAAUCCACCAAGUACUCAGCCAGACACUAGCUUCCUAGCUUCUACCCUAAAAAAUGGCAACAAAAGUUUUCCAACUUCUCUUGUGCAUUUCCCUCAUCACAUUAGCCUUCCCUCUCCCCUCUCAUGCAAGGCCAUCAAAACUCAAGGCUGAAAACCCAACAUCCUUCGGCUUUAUUAAGUAUUUGGAAGGAUGCCAGAAAGACCAGACAAUAAAAGGCCUCCGACAACUCAAGACAUAUCUUAAGACAUUUGGCUAUCUAAACUACUCCCCUGACCAAACCCAUGCCAACGACGACCAUUUUGACCAUGCCUUGGAGGCCGCCAUCAAAACUUACCAGCUGAAUUUUCAUCUCAAGCCUACCGGAACUUUAGAUGCCCAAACAGUGUCCAAAAUGACAGCCCCUCGAUGCGGGGUCCCUGACAUUAUUAACGGAACCAACUGGAUGCGGAUAGGCCAAAAAAAGGCCAAUCACGCUCACAACACUAUCCACACUGUCUCUCAUUUCACUUUCUUUCCUGGUAACUUGAAAUGGCCCUCAACUAAGUACCAGCUCACUUAUGCAUUUCCUCCCGGAACCAACUCGGAUGCCAUCUCCGCCGUGGCGAGAGCAUUCAGCACAUGGGCUUCCAAUACUCCAUUUACAUUCUCUGAGACUCCAAACCAUGACGGUGCAGAUCUUAAAAUCGGGUUCUACCGUGGUGACCAUGGGGACGGGGCACCAUUCAAUGGGGCUAAUGGGGUCUUAGCCCAUGCUUUUGCCCCAACUGACGGGAGGUUUCACUACAACGAGGACCAUUCGUUUUCCGUGGACCCGGUCGCGGGUUCGUUUCAUAUGGAGACUGUGGCCUUGCAUGAAAUUGGGCACCUUCUUGGACUUGCACAUAGCGAUGUCCAAGAGGCUAUCAUGUUCCCUGGCAUUGCUGCUGGAACAGCCAAAGGUUUGAAUGUCGAUGAUAUACAAGGAAUUAAGACUUUAUACGACCUUGAGGCGUGAAAUUAAGAAUACUUUGGCGAUGUUUUCAAUAAAACGGUGAUCUAUGGACGCCAUAAAUUAUAGCUAUCCUCAAAAUAAAGGAAUAAAGAUGGGGUAUUUCUUGUUUCAGUUCUAUGCAUGGAUGGUAUGAACAGGCUAAACAAGAAUUCUUCAGCAGCGAACUUCAAUGCGACGAUGAGGUCGUGAACGAAGUGGUAGUCAAGUUCUAUGUACUGAGUAUUAUUGUGUGUGUGUGUUCGAGUUAAGAUGUAUCAGUUGUUAUCAGAAAAUAUUACAUUGUCCUUGUCUUA